AGUGGUGUAGUGAGCUCAGCUGCUGGCAGAGCAGAGCGUGAAGCUGGAGCUGCAACCCGGUAGUAGAGCUUGUCAGAGUUUCAGAAAGCGGCCCACGCGGUGGCGGUGGCGGUGGCUAAAAAGGGAAGCUCCUCGGCAGGGGAGCAAGCCCUCAAUGACUAGUCAAACAAGGCAGAGGCAGGUAGCCUCGUCGUCCAGUGAGAGCCCACCGCCAACGAACCCCACCAUGCGGGAGCCCCCGGCAUGGAUGGCGGACGGCGCCCGCAGAUGGCUGGAGGACGCCGGCGCCACGGUGGAGGGCGGCCCCGACCGGGCCUUCAACGCGCUGCCGCUCUCCGGCGUGCGCGUGUCCCUCGCCGAGCGGGGCCGCGCCGUCUGCUCGCUCCGCGUGCCGGCGCACCUCACCCAGGACGCGGAGGGGAACUGGCACAAGGGCGCCAUCGCCGCGGCGGCGGACGACGUCUGCGCCGCCGCCAUCAUGUCCGUCGAGGGCAUCAUCAAGGUCUCCGUCCACUACGACAUCACCUACUUCGCGCCGGCCAAGCUCCAUGAGGAAGUUGAGUUGGAUGGCAAGGUGGUGGAGCAUAAAGGGAGGAUGACAGCGGUGACGGUGGAGAUCCGGAAGAAGGAGUCUGGCGAGCUGGUGGCGAUCGGGAGGCAGUGGAUGACGGCAUCCAGGCACAGAGGGAGCAAGAUCUGACGCCUCAUCUAUCAUCCCUGCCUGGCCCUGAAACGGGUGUUGAGUUACUAAACUAGCAGUUGGUGAGCUCGGCUCAAGGCAAUUGCCGGGUGAGUUACCGUUACAAAGAUUGAUUGCUGUUACACAGGAGAUAUGUCUGGUGACUCUCUGGCAAUUAAGUUGGAUUUGUUUCUGCCUUGUGGGCCAAACAAGUUAGUAGGAGCUCUGUUCUUGUGCAUUGUUGCUCUCUGCUGCAUUGCAUUGCAUUGCUAGCUGUGCAGGGCUCUUGUUGUGGUGAAUCGAUGGCUGAUGGGCCUAACCUGUUAUAGCCUUUCUUCAUCAAGACGCUGAUGGGCAUAAGGGAUGAAAACGGUCGAAAACAUGAAAAUGGUUCUAGACAGUACAUUUUUUUUCGGAAUAAAGUGAAAUAUUUGAUUUGUAGAACA